ACGAUCGUACUGUGUGUUGUAUACUUACCACACGCGAUAAAUAAUACGAUGAAUGUACGAAAGAGGUCCGCCAUAUUGAGUAAAGGAGCCCAAUUGCAGGGAUCAACGAAAACAGAGAAAAAGACCUCGUCGACUUUAUGGGCUCAUAACUAGUGGAUAUACACAUACAUUUGUGACGCUUAUAUUAGAAUGGUAAUAUGUUUCGUUCGGUGAAAUAAAGCACUGGAUUGCAUUUUUCGUAUUUCAACCAGGGCGUGAUCCUGUGGAAAAAGACGACGUAAAAUUUAGGGAUUCGGGAACGUGGAGGUCAAGUCACGUGGUCCAUUUCACUUCACCGAUCCAAUUUUGUUAUUGUCUUUGAAUCAUCGUAAGAAACCUUUUGUUUUCAAAGCAGAGUCUGUAUUAUUAAUGUGAAUUAGUUUCCAUCGAUAGAAGCUUCUACAGGCUCGGUCUAAACAUAAAUUGAGGUGCAUAUUUUUAAUAAAAGGAGCGUAUUUUUGAAGGGAUCAUUAUACCGCGGCAAAGUUUACAAAAUUCGACAAUCACGUGGUGCCUUGGUUGGCCGGGUCUGUCUGGAGGACUGAGGAGGGUGAAAUGAAGAUGACAAGAUAGUGGAGGGUGGUGGAUAAGAUUGACAAUUAUAGAAGGAAGCUUCAAUUUGAAGUUCCUUACAAUUUUUUUUAGUGUGCAAUAAGCAAACAAUAAUAUGUGAAAUUUAUAAAAAUAUAAUGAACCAUUUAUAUUGUUGUUUAUGUUUAUAUGUUUACAUCCAAAAAGGCUACAUUGAGGCUAUGGUGCACUGCUGCAAUGGCUCCGGCCCUUACUGAUGCAGCAGCCCAUCCUCGCAGUUGCAAACUGCCAGCCUCACCAAUGAACCCAGAAAACAAUAACAGUUUGCGGGCAAAUCCGGGAAGUCCAUCAGAUCCAGCGAUAGGUCUGGGUAGUGGAGGGAACAUACUUUCUCGUACGCUAGAAUUGGAUACUGCUUCACAGAUUAUCAAAGGAGCCACGACUCUUGAGACAUUUCACCAUGUGGUCAAUGGUAAUGGAAAACAGAAGCACAUAGUUUCUGACAAAAGACUCAAAUUGAACGGUAAAAAUGGUGGGAGCAAACUUAUUUUGUCAAAUGGUAAUUCUCAUCAUCACACAAUCUUAGAAAAAAUAUCAAUAGAUCUUACACCAUUAUCGAAAACGAGCAUAAAUUCAACUAGUUCCAUGACUGGAACUAGCAUGCUCAAGAAAAUUGAUCUACCAACAAAUUUAAAUGGACAUUCAAACGGAAAUUCAGCAACCAUGCCGCCAGAGACAACUACAACGUUGACCAGAUUGCGGGACACAAAAAAGGAAGAUGAUUUAGGGGAAUUAGAAAGAGAUAUUUCUACUAAUACAAGGAUUUCAGACAUUGAUGUUGAAAAUAUUGACAGCGAAAUGCCUGAAAAUGCGCAUGUAGAAGACAGUAGCCACAUUCCAAACAUUACAGGAGAACUUGAGGACCCAAUUGAGAAACAAUGUGAUGCAAGUAAAGAAAAAGAAAUGAAAGUUAAUGCAAAGAGAACAGACUCAUUGAAAAGGCAAAAGAAAUUAGAACAUCAGGCGAUUGUCUUGAGGAAAAGAAUUAGAAGAAUACAAUCACGCCAAAUUAGUAGUCACGUUAAAAAACAGAUAGGUGAUGCUGUUGACCAUGAGUAUAAAUUGUGCGAACUCCUAAAAGAUCCAAUUGAGGAUGAAGUAUCAUCUGAAAGACUGGUAGAGGACAAAACAUUAGAAGUAAGCCCAAAAGAUACCAAAGUUAAUUCAGGGUUUUUGCCAGGUGGUGGUAGUGAAAGUUCAGGGCGAACAGGCUGUGAGGGAUCCCCUCAUAUAACCGAGGAAUUUCUAAAAGCAAAAACUAGUGACAUGCAGGUUGUUAUAGGCAACCUGAAUGCAAAUCUUCAACACUUGGAGAAUUCUAUGGACUCUGAUGCAACAGAAAGUAGUUCUGGUGGCGAAACAGAUGAUGAAGAUGAUGCGAGCAAGUCGUCGCUGAAGCUUCACAAAGUACCUUUACAUAAAAGAUCAAUAUGGAGGUGGGCCAAAGCGAGAUCAGCGAUAGCCAGCCGGUGGACAUGGUUACAAGCACAAGUGUCUGAUUUAGAGUACCGUAUCAGGCAGCAAAACGAUAUCCAUCGGCAGAUUCGCUCCACAAAAGGUGCUGUGACUCUCGGAGAACCACCUUCUGCUGAGGAAAUUCUCCGCAUAAAGACUGUAAACAACAGUUACAGGCCUGGAAAGAAACUUUCUCCAAUUGAAGCAAAAAUAGCCAAACUGGAGGGCAAAAAUGAACUAUCGCCUUCAAACAUCUCAAUGUUGUUAUGUAAUGUUGAUAGACAAAGUGCAAAAUUACAAAAAUCUUUUCAGAACUGUGUUUCACCGACCUCAGGGUCACCCAACUCACACCAUCAUGCAACUAAUGGUGGCGAUAAAGUUCAUCCUUCGCGUACCACUAUAAAUGGAGUUGUAGACGGAACAAAAACAAACAUUGGCACACCUAGCAAUCAGCAUAAACGAAUACGAAUAGAGACAAAUACGCCAAGUCCGUCCUCAUUCUCGUUGCAAAUACCAAAUGAGGACAAAUAUUGUGCAAGGACGAGACCGGUGAAAUACUACAGAAAAAGGCGGAUUGUCAAAUCUAUUGGGAUCCAUUAUUUGAGUCGGAAAGCUGCAAAACGAUCAACGGUGAAAUGCAGGUGUUGCCAACCGCAGAUGCCAUGUGUGAUGUGUGGCGGACGGUAUAAUAAUUUAAAGCCUCUUGAUACAAACUUCACGCCUGAAAAAGAGAGGUUAUCAUUACUGGAUUACUCAUACCAUCCUGUCUUGUCUUUUAAAAAAGAUGUUCCAGCCACAAUACGAUUAGAAAAUUUACUGAGCAAUGGCGAUUGGCAUCGAAGAUCUUCCAGCAAAGCACAAAGUCGGAAGAAAUCCAGAUUGUCAAGUAGAGAUAAGAAGGCGAAGCGUAAAUUGUCGAAAAAUUCAUCCUAUCUGUUUGCAUCAAAAUUAAGAGAUUUAAGGCAGCAUAAAAAAGAAAAAGAGAAGAUGCUGGCAUGUUCUUUACCUAAUUUUCCAACUAAAGAACUCCGCGAACUGAAGCAACUGAAAAAGGAAAGCAAGAUGUUAUCUCGAUCGCAUUCGCAACCUGUGACUCCGAAAGGCUCACUGGAUUUAUCUCGCCAAUGCCGAAUGGAUAUCAAGAAAAAACGUGCGGCACAGCUAGCUAUAGCUGCUUUGAAGAAAAGAGCACGUAGUCUUUCACUGCCGGACAUAAACUGUAAAACACCAUCUGGUGCAAGUACACCAACACUCGAAGGACAGGGGUUCAACACAUUAUUGACUUCUGUGCCACCGCAUACUCUCAAUUCGAUGAGGCGAAAAUGUGCUUCCAGUGAUGCAUAUGAUAUUGAUAACAUUGUCAUCCCUUAUUCAAUCUUGUCUUCAACACGGGUUGAGAAACUGAACUACAAGGAGAUUGUGACACCUAAGUGGAGAAUGGUUACUGAUGAGGAAGUCUUGAAGAGGAACUUAUUGCUACAAGAAUCAGCAGAGGACCAGCCAGAUGAGGAUGACCAGCAAAAUAUUGAAGCCAUCAAACUUCGGCAUAGCAAAUCAGAAGUCAUGGAGAAGUCACUGUAUAUGGUAGCUUUGACAGAUCAUUCACACAGCAACAUGAGAAGAAGUCAUUCAAGAAGAUCACGUACAAAUAGUGCCACAACACCAGAUCCAAACUCACCAGAUUUGAUUAUGAGUGAAACACAAAUGUCAGACAAUCUCAAUGCUUCAAGCUCAGCCAUAUCGCUACCAGCAAGUGCAUCUGUUACACCAUCACAGUCGCCAGUCACUGUUCAGGACAGCAGUGUCUUGGAGAGGAAUCCGGAGAAGCGUCGCAUUUCAAACAAUAGCGAAAGCGCUGUACAGUUCGAAGAGGAGUUCCCUAUGGUAGAUCCAUGGCCAUUAAGAACUUUCCCACUUACAGAAGAAGAAACAAAAGAUUUGGAAGCAGACACCUCAAUAUUCCAUUUGGAACCAGAUUUUUACAAAUCCAGUGGGACUUCUACUCCCAAAAGCAGUGUUACCCUGAGUAGAGCACAAUCACCACGCUCAGACUUAAGUUCAGAACCCGAGGAUCUUAAUGAGGACCCGAAUGAUCCGGAAUGGACAAUUGUCAUGAAACAAAAAAAAGUUGAGGUUACUCCUAAGGGUUCAAUCGUUCUUAAACUUGCAAGAAGAUGAAAACAAAAAGUUGAUGAAGAGGAUAAAAUUGCCGGAUGAGGUGGCUUUUGAAGAGCAAGUCAUCUGCAGGAGUGAUUUAUCAACCGUUGGAUAUCCUCCUGAAAGUGCAAGCCAGUACUGUAUCUACCAGUAACGCUUCAGAGAGAAGCUUUUCGAUGCAUGGACAACUUGCAAAAAGAUAUGCAAGCUCAAGAAACGAUGAAUGCCAGUUAGUGGUGGCACCCUCUAGAAUAGUUAGCACAUAAGUUCUAGAUUUUAUUGAAAGUGGUAGGAGAAAAUGCAUGUGAUGAGAGUGUACAGGAGAAUGUGAUAAGUAACUUUACUGCAGCCUUUGUCAAUUGUUCUGCAUCUUGCUAUCUUGUUUUCUUUGAGUAAAAAAUCCCCAAAAAACAGUUCCUGAAUGUAUUCGGAAUCAGAUAUUCUGAUACAAAUCAUAGCUUUUUCCUUGCUGGUAAUUGGUAUGUGCUUGCCCGGGUGUGGAAUAUGAUGUUAUUGUAGCUAUUUGGUCUCCAACAUACAGGCCUAGUCUUCCUCACAGUUACUAUUGUCUACUUACUUACUGAUUGCAAAGAAAUGCAAGGAGGUUUUAAGAAUGGUGAAGUAGAUAGCUUGUAGAUAACGUUUACUUUGCACUGAUGUUGCCUCGCGCUGAAACAUAACAAAAUUUUGAGUAAUAGAUUCACAUUGAUUUGUUUUUUUUUGUUUUUGUUUUUUGUUUUUGUUUUUUUUUUCUUCCUUUGAUCUGUAUGUGUUACAUUAACACAACAAGUAUUUUGCCUUUACUGUGGUUAUCAGAUAUAAUGGUUUUCGUCAGUCAUCAGCAAAGCGAAAGAAUUGAAAAAAAAAAAGUAGGAAAAACAAAAUCCAAAAACAUGCAUGUCAGACUGUAUUUUCUUUUAUUCUUUGUUAUGAACAAAGAUAGACUUGAUGUCUAUCAGUACUUGUGCACUGUGUGUAUAGAUUAUAUAAAUAUAUAUGAAUAUAUAUUUACAGAGCAUAAAAUACUAUAAUUUGAUAUCUAAAAUCUCUUUACUUGAUUGUAUGGUGGUUGUAAGAUUUGAUUGUACUGAUAACGUCUUUUUUUUUUUUUCAAAAUUGCUUACCAAUAGAUUUUAUGAUAAUGAAAACAAAUUCAAUAACAUGCGCAAAUCUAACAAAAAUAUACUAUUUGAAAAAAAAAUCUUUAUACAUGAUAUGAAAGUUAAUAAUAAUACUAAAGAUAUAUUUGUGUUCACCUUUGUUUUGUAGUUUACUACAUUAUGAGAUAUUUGUAGAUAUUUGAUUUGUAUCAAUUUACUUUUUGUAGAUGAUCAAGUACUGUGACAUGGUAUUUUAAAAAGUUAUACUGUAUCUACAUUAUCUGUUUGUCAGUAGAUUUUCAUUAGAUCUAUUCAUUCUUAUUCUUGUCAGCUCUUCAAGUAAUUAGCUUUGGAUAUAUUAAAACAUACAGCGAAUAACAUGGUCAACAGUAAAGUUAAAUCUUGUAUAUAAUGCUUCUACCAAUCAUUAUCAAGGGUAUAUUGCAAGAUAUUGUGGUUACAGACAGCUUGGCUGUUUUGCAAGUUAUUGCAAGUACAGGUGGCUAGGUUGCUUUGUAUCAAUAAACCAAGCUCUUGUGGGUAAAGACUAUAGGUUAUUCUGUCUAUAGCAACAUAUUUUUGGUCCAGACAGUUAGGUUGUUCUGUAUGUGUAUUUAGCCAAGUGUUAUGGGUACAGACACAACUAAGGCAGUAUGUUUAAUAACAGUUUGUCUUGGCUUUUCCAUAAAAUUUUUAAAAAUAAAAAAAGAAUUGAUGUUAAGAUAAUGAAUACAGAUUAGGUACAAACUCUGUAGGAUGUUUUGCUUCGGUUUUUGAAUACCUGUAAUAAUUUGAAUGUAUCCUUUAAAUGCCAAUUGGAGACAUUAAUUUUGAUCAUGCAUCUGCUAUUUUGCAUACCAAGAAAUUGGUUAGAGCAUUGUACAUAUGACAUUUUUUCGUAGAUUGUUCAGUUGGUUUGUUAUCUUUGUAGUGAGUAGAUGCUAAGGUACAUAACAAAAAAAAUUACUACUGUACUAUCGUUAUUGAUUGUAUUUAUUUGGUACUGUUUCCAUAAACAACCUUCUAUAGAACAAGCGGCUGUGAGGCGUUUAAAGAUGAUAAUUAUUUACAAAUAAAUGUCCCACGUAUGUGAACAAGUUUUGAAAAUAA